GUGCCCUCCUGAAAAGAGGCCUUCUUCCCCUUCCACCUAAGUUGCGCAUGAAAGGCCCAAAAUCAUAUUUACCGUCUAAACAACUCCUAUUUGUAAAUUAUAUUUUCAAUUCAAUUUGAUUACAAAUGGAUCGUAAAUGAGGACCCAAAGUCCGACUUGACAUUCUUUCCCAAUUUCAAAUUGCAUAUCGGCGGCGAAGUUUACAGCCAAUCGGUGGCGAAGUUAACAGCCCUCGGCGGCGAGGUUUCCGGCGAAAUCGAGUUAAACUAAGGUCUACGGAAGGGGAAAUUGGUGAAUGAAGCAAAAGUAAGGAAAGCAAUGGAGGGUAAUUGCAGGAAUAGUCCAAGGAAAAAGCUUGCUGAUAUCAGUAACUUACCGUUGCGAAAGAGAUUGUCUAGCCAAGAUAAGAUUCCAGAACAAUUCCCAGCUGCUUCGAAAGAGUAUCUAGAAAGGAUCCAGAAGGAAAAUUUGGCAUUGACGAAGAUGUUAGCAGAAAGAAACAAGAUCAUUGAAAUAACUGGAGUAGAGAUACAGAAACUGAGAAUGAAUGUGCGGAAAAUGCAUCAACAAAAUCAGUUGCUUGCUCAAGGAAACAGUAAAAUGCUUGCGGAAUUAAAUUCAAAUAAAGAUAGGGUCAAAACAUUACAACAUGAGCUUGGAUGCAUAAAGGGCUUACUUUAUGUCAGAAAGUUUGAAGCAGAAGAGCAACCGAGAACAAAUAUGUGCCAAGAUCUGAAUGAUGAGGUGAAACCCAUGAAGUGUGAGGAAGCAAGAGAUCUAUCAUUAGGAAAGGGAGAUGUUGAGAAAGCCAGAAAUCACAAAAAGAGACUUCGGUCAAAGAGCGUGGGUUCUUCUGAGCAAGUUCAAUCAGAGGAUAAGACGGAAAAUAAAAGAUCCUGUGUAAGGAGGCAGUCUGCCAGGUUUAAACCUGAGGCGCUGAAACUCGGUGAAGACUCUUUCGCGGUACAAGACAAAUGUGCUCUGCGCCCACCAAUAAGUGAUCCAGUGCAAGAAAAUGGUUCGACAUCCAUAUGCAUAUCAUCUGAUGAUCUACACUGCAAUCCUUCAUCGAGGUUUGAACCUAUACCCUUCGAAAGAACAUCUCUGAGUAGGCCAUCAAGGGAGGCAGCUAAGAAAGUUCAGUCGUACAAAGAAAUUCCUGUGAACAUAAAAAUGCGAAGACCGCAAUGAACAAGCUGCUCUUUAUGUUAACUUUUUUGAUAUUGGAACAAGUGGUGAAUGAAUCCCAGAUAUCUCGAGUACAUUCAGUCUGAUUCCAUUAGUGUGGAUCGGAGAUUACCUCGUGGUCAAGGAGGAUAUGGUUAGUUAUUACUUUCACCAUUGCCCAGAAUUCUUUGGUAAGCUUACAUCGCCACCUAGGGAUUAUGUUUGCAACUUUGAAAGGAGCUAGCUCACUGUCAGGACGGAAUAUAAGGGAUUAGCGAUAAGCUAUGUAGUUUUUCAAAAAACUAGAAUCAUACCACUGUGAACAGAGUCUCCCUCUUUGACAAGGAUUUGGGUCUUGGAACACAAAUCAUGGCAAAUUCAUCAGAGCAUGUUGAGGUAAAACUUAGGAUAUUGUGCAAUUUUUCGUUUUAGUUGUGCAGGUGGCAUUUCGACCAUUUUCUAAAAACGGUUUUCUCCUAAUGUUUUUAGAUAGUUAUUUUAAAAGUUACUGUGAUUAUAUUGUCUAUUAGGAAAUUAAAAUCUACCAGCAUUGCCGAAAGCUUUUUGCUCUCAUUUUUACUAUUUAUGUGGUGAGCGUUGGAAUGCUAUAAAUCACAAGUUCAAGUCA